AUGGACCCACAGGAUGCUACCGCGGACUUUGAGCACCUGACGUCAUUGAAGGCUCAAGCUGCCUAUGUGCAUGCUGGCCAGGUGGAGAGUUACAUCAAUGAACUGACUAGUGCGGAAGCCCAGCAGCUCUCCACCGUUGUCGUCGCAGCUCGUGAAAUGAUGCAUCAGACAUUUAAUACUACCGGUCGGUUGACUGGAGUGAGCACUUACGAACGAAUAAAGGAACAUAAUAUGGUCCAGUUAUUG